UAUGGUUUCCUAAUUCCUAUCCUAAUUAUUGCUUUCGUAUAUGCAGGAUCACACGCCGGUGUCACUUUCACGUUGAAAAACUAUUGCGGGAAAACGUUAUGGCCCGCAAUAGUAGGGAAACCUCCAAUCAACAUCACCGGCCUCCAGCUCAGCCCGGGGCGAAGGGCCGACGUCGAAAUACCCACCGGCUGGUCCGGCCGGUUCUGGGCGCGGACCGGCUGCUCCUUCGACCCGUCCGGCCAAAACGGGAACUGCGCCACCGGCGACUGCGGUGGCCGAUUCCAGUGCGACGACAUCGGCGGCCAACCCCCAGCUUCCCUUGCGGAGUUCUCCCUUGGCGACGGCAGCGGAAGACUAGACUUUUAUGAUGUUAGUUAUGUGGACGGGUUUAAUGUCCCGAUAUAUAUCUACCUCCUCGCAGCCACCAGCGGCAACUGCUCCGACGUCAAGUGCACGGCGGACCUCAACCCCUCCUGCCCCGAGGAGCUGCGGGUGACCAGCGGAGGGGUCGUGGUAGCAUGCAAGAGUGCAUGCAUCGCCUUCAAAGACGAGGAGUACUGUUGUACCGGAGCGUACAACAGUCCACAGCUGUGCAAGCCCACCGCCUACUCCCGGUACUUCAAGACCGGUUGCCCGAGCGCGUUCAGCUACGCGUUCGAUGAUGGCAGCCUGUUUAACUGCAUGGGGAGUUAUUAUGUUAUUCAGUUUUGCUAAUGUUAUUGUAUUUAUUUAUUAUUUUAGUUUAUGUAUUAUUGUAAUAUUAAAAAGGAGAAAUUUAUUAUUUAUAUAUCCCUUCU